AUGUCGACCUCCCAAAAUGCUUCUUCUGUUGUUUCUGGAUCUACAACUUUGAAAAAUUUAAUCAAACAUCCAAAAAGUAAUAAUAACAGGAACACUGGAAAAGCUAUUGAUGGUUCAUCUGUUGGACAUGAUCCACUUGGCCUGAUGCCUAAGGAACCAGAACCCUAUGUAGAUCCAUUUGCAAGAUCACAGGUAAGAACUACUCUUCGCGAAACUAACGCUAACCCAGAUGUUGCUUCCAUGAUUAAAGGUUUGCAGGAACAAUUAGAAACGACACAAUCAGAAAAUCUUGCUAGAUUCGAUAUUUUAGAAUCUAGAAUGAUAGGAAGCGGGAGCCAACGAUCUAAAAGUCAAGAAGUUAGAAUUCACGACCUAGAGGCUCUAGAGAAUUCACCUGCAAUUAAUAGGAGUGUUAACUUUGGAGGGACCAAUAAUCAAGGAGCGUCGGCGUCUCAAUCAUUGGGUCAUUUAUUUUCCAUUCCUCCUGCAAAAGCUGGAUCUGCUUCCUUCUUUUACGGUGGAAAUAAUUCAAAUAAUAAUAUCAACAAUAAUAAUAAUGAACAAACUCCUCCGUCUUCUACGAUAAAUCCAGGUUUGAAUAAUUCCUCUCAUAGUUAUGAGAAUAAUGCUAACGGUAUGCAGGACAAUGUGGCGAAUGCGUAUUGA